AUCAAACGUCACUUGAGCUCAUCAACGAAAGUUUAGAUUUGUCAUCUUUAUUUACUAUUUCUGAUAAACUAUUGCUAUUUUAUUUCCAAAUUAAUACGGCGAAAGCAAGAAAUAAUCAUGAACUGCUUCGAGAAUGUGACUGUGCCCAAUUGCGUAUGGUUCGAAGGAGGAGAAAGGCGCAAUAUUUUCGCUUCGAUGGCUGCAGGUUUCCUGUUUUUUACAGGAUGGUGGUUUAUAAUUGACUCUGCUUCUAAGUACCCCAGUGACCUACCAAAUGCAGCACAUGUCUGUGGAGUGAUGGCCACUAUUUCGCUGGUGAUGAUCAACUCUGUUUCAAAUGCACAGGUCCGAGGAGAGACAUACACCGGGGGCUGCAUGGGCCCUCGCGGCGCGAGGCUCUGGCUCUUCAUGGGCUUCGUUGUUGGCUUUGCGUCUCUCAUCGCCGCCUGCUGGAUACUGUUUGCCAAUUACGUUAACACUGGUAAAACAGGCUCAGAUGCGACCAAAAACACCUGGGCCGGGGUGAGUCUGUUCCUUCAGAAUGCGUUCAUCUUCGCUGGCUCGCUGGUCUUCAAGUUUGCCCGCUCGGAGGACCUGUGGGGCUAGACCUACCAAGUAAAUACAGGAUAUCUCAUAAACCGCGAAUAAGUGUGCCUUUAGAAAAUACCGUAAAAUGGGGUAACCCGAAAUGACUUUGAUCAGUUUUCUGUAUUUUUCCAAAAUGCCUACAACAUUAAACAUUUUAACUUACGUUAGCACGUCAAUGUGAGGUUCCUUGAAUAUAUACUGUCCAUAGGCUAUGAUUUUUAGAAAAUGAGACGAAUAUAAACUAACAAGACAAAGGUACUUACUCAACUUUACCUUUUAGAGAUUUUCAAGGUCGUUUUGCUCAAGUCACCCCAUUCUAAGAUAUUAGUUCGAUUCCAAGAAAUGACAUUUGUAAGUAGCGAAUUGACCUAUGGCACAGAAAUUUACAAGUUAAGUCUUGAUUAUUAGAACUAGAACUAUAUUCGAGUUUUAUCAAUCUAGUUUGACAGGCAGAACAGAAUACCUACAGUCACAAAUAAUUCACCUAUAUUAUGUAUAUUUAAAUGAAAUUAUUAUUUAUAUUUUGCUAUUUUAAAGAAUGUAUAUUCCGGUUGUGCUUAAGUAUUUAAUUGGUUACCAAAAAAUCGCCAAGCAUGUUUCUAGUCGAACCAAACUCGAGUGACUAAAAAAAAAUUAGUCCAUUAUAUGACUAAAUUUGGAAUGAUUCGAUUGUAACAUGUCUAAAUACUCUUCACUAUUUUCACUUUUUAUUUAUCCAUCAUUAUUCAUUAUAGUAGGUACUUACUCUAUGUACCUACAGUUAUGGUCUGAUUAUUAUGUAACAUCUAACAUUACCUUCCAUACUGUACCAAUACUUUUUAAAUUUUAUCCAAUUAGGUGGCAUAAGAAAAAGUUCUCGUUCCACUAAGGCUGUACAUAAGGUACUGUAAUGAAUUAUACCUGGUAAAUUAUAUAUGUAACAAAAGAGUCAGUGAAAACCUGAAGUAGAUAGUACGCGUAUAUUUUAUUCACAUUAUUGCAACGCGUUAAAGUGAAGAAAUGUACACAUAUUUAUGAACUGGACUGUUUGGUUUGUGGCGACUGGAUUAUCAAUCUAUUUUGACACCAGCACCACCUACAUCAGCUAUCAUGUCUAAAGUACCAUUUGUUUUCAUUUUAUAUUCAAUAACUAUUUUAAGUAAAAUUUUUUUGUUAACAUGUUAUGAAUUAUCAUUAAUAUAUAUACUUACUUAGCUACUUAAUUUAUCAGUUUAUAAAAUUGGAAUCAAACUGUUUUUUGUUUAUCAGAGAUCUUCAGAGAUCUUAUUUUGUUUUAAGUUAAACUCCUAAAAUUAGUUUUAGUUUUAAUGAUUAUUAGGCUAUAUUGAAAAUUGCUUCAUAAUUUUCAGUGGACUCUAUUAAUUUGUAAAAUAAAGGUGACAGCUGGUAACUAUAGUUGGCAAAAGAAAUGAGUGGCUAAGCAUAAGCAUGCAAAUUCGCUUUAUCUCUGACCGUUGACCUUAGAGCAUAAACCAAGAAAAUUACUGACGUAUUGGCGAUUGUCUGUAUUUAAAUUUAAGGGGCUGUCCUCACCAAUGCUUGAAGUUUUGCCUCUGCAAGAUAAUAAUAUCAAAAUCAGGUUAGGCACGGGAAAAAUAUCUUUCAAAAGACUUGUCAGAAUUAGCAUACAAAAGGGACAGCAUUAACGCGACGUCAGUCCAGGUCAUUCGUUGUUUUCCUAAAGUAUAAAAUAGUAAAAAUAAGUGACAACACUGUGUUGACGCCUUUUAAAACAAUAUAUUUAAGAAAACGGAGCGCACUAGUGUCCAUAUUUUUAUUUGCCUCUUUUUUCUAGUGACGGAAAUGGCUUGACAGACUUUAUUUAAGGAAUUCACAGAACAAAAUCGUAGGGCUUAUUUUUUUCUGAUCCCUUUUGUAUUUACAUAUUCUGGAAAACCCGUAAUAAUUGGUACCUAAUUUACAGACUAAUGUUUCACCUCUAUGCAAUUAAUUAAUUCAGCAUGAAGAGAAAAAUAAACUAUCCCGUCACAUUUUUGUAGUAACGGAUUACGGAAUAGGUACAGAAAAGCCGAGCCUAGAGACAGUCGAGUCAGACAUGUGUGAAAAGUGUACCUACCUAUCUUUGGCCGUUUUAAACGGGUUUAAUACGAUUUUUGUUAAAUUUAAAUAUUUUAUGUUAAUAUGCUUAAGUAGAUGUAAGAACUCGCCUGUGAGUGGAUCUAUUUUAUUAAUUCAUUCAUAAAAGUAUCAUUAUUAUCACUACAA